UUUGAAUAAUGGUUUUAUGAUGUGCAUUAUUUAGAAUUUCAACAGGCCAAUCACUUUCGAGGGGUGGCAUUUGUUGGCGGGCGAUUGGCAGUACUACCACGUAGUCACACCACUUGAUAAGAAAAACUUUCUCUAGAGCUCAUCUUUUUAUCCCUAUCCACAGCAACUCUCAUCAAGAUGUUCGAGGCACGCUUGGCCCAAGGCAGUCUGCUCAAGAAAAUCAUUGAAGCAAUCCAUAAUCUGGUCCCAGAGAUCAACAUGGAGGUGACAUCAUCGGGUAUCUCGGUACAAGCCAUGGACUCCAGUCAUGUGUGCCUCGUGUUCCUGGAGUUGGACGCUGGAGCAUUUGAUCCAUUCCGAUGUGACAAGAAUAUCACUCUUGGAGUCUCUACAGCAAAUUUGCUCAAGGUGCUCCGUUGUGCUGGCAACGAGGACUCCAUCACUCUCAGAGCUAAGGACGACACUGACAGUAUGGAGGUGUUCAUUGAGAACACUGAUCAGGACAGAACCUCAACCUUUGAGAUCAAACUCAUGGAUCUCGACCAAGAGAGGCUGGGAAUACCCGCCACAGAAUACGAUGCCGUUCUAAAAAUACCGUCUGGAGAAUUUCAACGGAUCACUCGCGAUAUUUCUCAAUUCAGUGACUCCAUGGUCAUCUCGUGCACUAAGGAAGGUGUCCAGUUCUCCACUGCCCCCAGCACCACUGAGGGGAGCGCUAAGAUCACACUCAAGGAUGGGGCGGUCAUGGACAAGAAGGGAGAGGGCGGGGUUUCUAUUGAGUUGAAUGAACCAGUCUCUCUCACGUACGCCUGUCACUUCAUGGGCUUCUUUGUCAAGGCCACACCCCUUUCCGAUAAGACCAUAGUGUCGCUGAAGGCUGAUCGUCCAAUGGCCUUGGAGUAUCCCAUCGGAGCCAUUGGUCACCUCCGCUAUUAUCUGGCUCCUAAAGUAGAGUCAGAGUGAACACUAACUCACUAGCUCAUUUAUUUGCCACUCACAUCUUUAAAUUUGUUAUUGUAAUUAUUAUACACAUGACAUUAUUCCUUAAUAUUAUUAUUAUGAUGUUUAA